GGAAGCUGCACCUAGCGGGCAUCGGCCAUGGCUGAGUGGACGCCUGCCCAGGGCCGUUGUACCUUGGAACGGUCAUUAAACAGGCACUGCAACUAUCUUAAAUACGAGCCGCUUGCCAAGCAUCUCAGUUUUGAUCAUAUGACCGCGGGGAUGCCAUGACGGUCGCGUGGGAAUGGGAAGUGGAGCCUCAGCACCUGGCGCCCUUCCAACCCCCUGCCAUUUUCGACCAAGCAGCCGAGAGAGAGAUCUAUCCGGCGGCUGAGAUCUCCCUCUGGACAGUGGUGGCCGCCCUCCAAGCGGUGGAGAGGAAGGUGGACACCUCGGCCGCUCGCCUGCUCAACCUCGAAAGCCGCACGGCCACUGCCGAGAAGAAGAUCUUCGAGUGCGAGAAGACGGAGCUAGAAUUCGGCAGCCACCUGGCGGCCUUGGGCACCUUGAUCCAGGAAUACCGGGUGCUCCAACGGCGCCUGGAGAAUGUGGAGAACCUCCUGAAGAACCGCAACUUCUGGAUUCUCAGGCUCCCCCUCGGUCCGAAGGGGGAGAUCCCCAAGGUCCCUGUGACGUUUGACGAGGAGCAAGCGGUCCAUUUUUCCACGCCGGAAUGGGCCAAACUGGAGGACUGGCAGAAGGAACUUUACCGGAACAUCACGAGAGGAAGCUACGAGCCGCUUGUCUCUCUCGACUCUGCCAUCGCCAAAGCUGACGUCCUUCCCCCCCAGGCAGCUCUGGGGGUAGCACCCCAUAUUGCAGAUCAGCCCUUGGCGGGGGGAAAGGGACUCCCCCCGGCGGCCAAACCAGCAGAACCAUUGACUUCCAAAGACGAUCUCUUGUCCUGGAUUAAGCAGGAGGAAUCUCCCGGUCCCGGGAAAUGGAAUCUGGAGAGAGAGAUCCCUGCCACCCUCGGCUACGACGAGAGCACCAGAGUUAAAAGCGAGGAACAGAAGCUCCAAGAAAGUUUGAAACAGGCCUUGCCUCCCCGGCUCCAUGCAGCACCCAGCAACGAGGUCUUCCAGAGCCCCAGAUGUUGCCAGAGGCAAAGCUGCCCUCAGGGUCAGCCUGCCCCUCCUCCUCCUCCUCCUCCUCCUCCUCCUCCUCCCCCCCAAAAGCCACCGGAGGAGCCACCCCAACCCAGUGAGAGAAGCUGCCCCGAGCCCCCACCACCAGCAGCCUGCUUGAAGGAGGGCCAGCAAAGCUCUUUCAAGGGUCUGGAUGAGCUUUCCUUGCCCCCGAGGAUCCCUGCAGGAGAGGAAGGGUACGGAGAAGGGGUCAGGCCAGUGGCCGAAUCCAGUGCCCCCCCGGUCCCUGAGCCCUUCCUGUGCCCGGAGGAUAACAACGGCUUCAGCGAUGUGGCCGUCUCUGAAACCGCCGGCCAGCCCCACGCCUGCUCCCUCUGUCCAAAGAGUUUCCGGCUGAAGACCAGCCUGCUUAUCCACCAGAAGACCCACGUGGUGGGGAAGAGCGACAGCCCCUUCGUGUGCUCCGAGUGUGGCUGCGGCUUCAGCCACCAGGCUCAGCUGACCCGGCACCAGGCCAUCCACGCCGACCGGCCGCACCAGUGCUCGGAGUGCCACAAAGCGUUCAACCGCAAGUCCAGCCUGGUGGUCCACCAGAAGACGCACCGCGAGCGGCCACGCCCUUUCCAGUGUCCCCAAUGCAGCAAGACCUUCAUCCGGAAACAGCACCUGGACGACCACACCCGCACCCACACGGGGGAGAAGCCCUACCAGUGUCCCGAGUGCGAGAAGCGCUUCGCAGAGAAGUCCAAGCUGACCAACCACUACCGGAUCCACACCGGGGAGCGGCCGUACCGCUGCGGGCAAUGCGACAAGCGCUUCGUGCGUGCCCACCACUUGGUCAAGCACCAAAGCAGCGUCCACCAAGCCGGGGCUAAGCUGUACUCCUGCCGCGAGUGUGGCCAGAGUUUUGGCCACGCCCAGGCCUUCCUCAGCCACCAGGCCAGCCACGCCAACGGCGAGAGGCGCCACCGCUGCACCGAGUGCCUCAAGACCUUCGCCCGCAGGAAGUAUCUCCUGGAACACCAGCGCAUGCACACGGGGGAGAACCCCUAUACCUGCCCACACUGCGGCAAGCACUUCCGAUACAAGCAGUCACUCAAGCAGCACCUGCGCAUGCACCGGGAGCAACCACCGCCACCACCUGCGCCUGCUGUGCCACCAAGCCUGCCAGGUGCCAGCUCCCUAGAGAAAGACCCCCUCUUCGAGACCAACCCCCCCAGUGGGACCUGAAGCUGGGCUACAAGAGGUCUUUUGUGCCACAUGAACCGCUGCCCUAGAAUUGGCCCGUUGGUGGGCCGGCUAAGAUCCUCGCUGCCUUCCGUGGGGCGGCUCCAGUGCUUCUUCUCUCCCCACGGAGAGGCUCCCUUCUUGCUUGCUGAUCAGGACCGCGUGGGGCAGGCUCUAGUCCUGUGGAAUGAGCCCAGCUCCCCGCGAUCAGAACACUCCAAUCGUCUGAAAUAUUUCUUCAAUGGAGAGACCGCUGCCGAAAGACUCUCGCCGUCGUGCACGGCCGUCCGAGGAGCUGUAAGUCCUGGCCGAGCCGGAAGAAAAAUGCGUCUAAAAUGUGAUCAUGUCCCAUUACCCAGCCCAGCACUGGAGGCCGGCCUGCUGGGGUCAAAAGGGCUGCACCCUGAGUCCGCGGUUCCCUCGCCUGCAGGGAGAAAGACAGACUCCCCAAGGUCUCCGUGCACGGCUGUGGUUUUCUGGCCUCGCCCUCCACACCCUCCGCUAGAUGAUCAGAAGAGCGUUUGAAAGCACUUGGCGCGCGGCAGGCACAAAAGGCAGCCCAAAACUCAAGAAUUGAGACUGUCCCCUGCCUCUCCUUUCCGGAGGGCCACGCAGGGCAGCUAUCCAUGGGCAAUUUCGGAACAGUUCCACACUCUUGCUCCACAGGAGCUGCCCACUCCUCAAAAGAUACCCUUCCUUAUUUCGCUCCUGUUGGGAAAAAAAAAAGCUGCAUUGUCAAACUCCCGGCUUAUCAGUUUUCUGCCAGCGUCGACCUCUGCCAAAAAGCUCUUUUGCCGAAGUCUCGGCUGCGAUUUCCCAUGUGGUACAUUUAUCGCUGAGACUCUUGACGGGCUCCCAGUUCUUAUGCCCUCUCUGCCUGUUCAGACAGUGACGUGAAAUCACGAGUUUGGCUCCGUCUCUUCAGAUUCUUUGUCACUAAGAGGUUGUAGCCCUCACAUCAUUCCCUCCUGUCCUGAAAAGCUGCCCCCCCCCCUCAAAAAGAAAGAAGACUCUGUAAGCGACCCUAAAACCAUGGCCAUCAGCCGAGACCUCCUGCCCACUUCCACACCAGGUUCUCACUGCUUUCUCAAUUUGCAACAACACUUACCUGUAUUACUCUUUGAUACAGGUAGUCCUCGACAUGCAGCAGUUCAUUUAGCGACCGCUGAAAGUUACAACGGCAUGAGAAAAGUGACGUUACUGCUUUGACACAUACAACCGUUGCAGGAUUCCCUGCGUCAUGUGACCCCAAAUUUAGGCAUUUGGAAACCUGCACGUACUUUUUAACAGCUGCUGUGUGUCCCUCGGUCGCAUCAUUCCAUUUUGCGACCUUACGACUUGCAAAGACAACGGGGGAAGCCAGAACCACUUAGCAACCGAGUGACUAACUUAGAAACCGCAGUGAUUUACUUAAUGACCGUGGCAAGAAAGGUUGUAAAAUGGGGGGAGGGGUUAAAUGGGGGGGGAAGCUGCAUUCCCUAGUGGCAUCUUGCAAAGUGGGUAAGUGGUCCCGAAGUUGUGUGCAAGCAUGCUGGAUUGUCCAUUCAAUACUCUGAAGUGUUUUCGGGCCCCCGUCCUCACCUCAUUCCAAGAGGGGGGAGCAGAGAGAGAGAGUCCUGCCCAUUCCAACCCUCCGCCUACCUAUUGCUAGCAAGCCUAUCCCUGCUCCAUUCUAUGUCUGUUGGCCAAAACAGUGAGGCAUGGCUUCCUAAAGCCCAAUACAGGCAGUUCUUGACUUACGACAAGUCACAGUAGCCAUUUGGAGCAACACUCAGCCUUGAAAAGGGGACCUACAACACAGAUCCGAAGUUCUGGCAAUUGCACUCUUGUAUGGUCACAUCCACACACGUGGGGCUGUUGGCCAUACAGCCUCCUCAUCCACCACCGUUUUGCAGCAUCUCACGGGGACACACGACUGCCUUCGGCAGAGGUUUUGUUGAACAUGGUUCUUAGUUUCUGUUUUUUGGCAAAACGGUGCUGUGGCAAACAAGGGAUCCACUUCUCGACUCAGUGAUACUCCGUUCUGACUUGAGCAAAUAAAUUGUGCUAUGUGUGAUACCAAACCAACAUUGUGCAUCCGUUUUCCCAGACAAGGCAGAUCCUACAAAAUCUUUUUUCAACUCUUUCAGCCUUUCCUCAUACAACUCACACAGCUCCCAGUACAUCACAAACACAGACACACACUUUCACUGAAUAUGAUUUGAGGGGGGAAAUAUAAGGAGAAAGAACGUUCGGUCUAGUCCAGUGGUGAAGGUACUAGGUUAGAAAGUAGGAGACAGUGAAUUCUAGUCCUGUCUUAGGCAUGAAAGUUGGCCGGGUGACUUUGGGUCAAUUACCUUGUGCUGCCUUAGCCUAUGAAAGCUGGUUUGGUAACUUUCAGCCAAUCACCUGGAGACAGUGAUUUCUAGUUUUGCCUUAGGCAUGAAAGCUGCCCAGGUGACUUUGAGCUGAUCCUGGUGAUUACCCAUAUCACUUUUGAUGGUUUAAGGUGGGACUAGUAAUUGGCCAGUGUCACCCAACCAGCUUUCAUGCCUAAGGGAGACUAGAACUCCCCAUCGCCUGGUGGUUGGCCAAAGUCACCCAUUCAGCUUUCACACCUAAGAUGGGACUAGAAUUCAUUGUCUCCUGGUUUUUUGGCACAAUUAUAUGCGAACUAUUAAAGCGAUUAUUUUAAUCGAAGACCAAUAUAUAAACAAUCCAGGUUUAGGGCCCACAAUCGGGAAAGGAUAACUCAGUCACUAAGUAAUGCAGUCCAUAAAGGGGGGGGAUCACAGUUUUACUUUUUCCAUUCAUACGCAAUUUCUUACAAUUCUUUUUGUACGCAACUUCUAUUAGCCUUCAAUGAACCAAGCUACACUUCACAUGUUUUAAAACAUCUUUAUUUCUAAAGAAAUCGAUUUAGUCCACCAAGGAACCGAAGAUCAUUUCCAAUAUUUAAAAACAUCCUUGAUCUAACAUGUAUUAUUAUUACUAUUAAGAGCCAUCAUGUUGUGUUACAGUACAAAAAUAAAAGAAUACAAAAUCAGUGUUUACAAUUACAGUACUGUACCUGUAAACAUCAAUAGAAAUCCCCUUCCAAAGAUUAGACUUUUUUGCUGCGUUAUUGGAAAUGUUGGACACUGAGGCCUAGAAGCCUAAUAAACUGAGCAUCUUCUGGCUUCUGCUCUUUUUCAGGAUGGGGAAGGAGAGGUGAGCAAGAAAUAGCUGUCCAUAAAAAAAUUCAUUAAGUUUUCUUUGCACGUUUUCUUCAUCUAUUUUCUUAGCACACAUGCAUUUACCAAUGUAGCUUUCCAAAACGUUCUACAUUCGGAUCCAUACGUCCUAAUUUUUGUAGCGUUUCAUUAACUUGAGAAAACAUCGGUCAAUAUUUUCACAUGGACUUCCUGGACUCCCAAUAUAACUUUCUAAAAUGUUGUACAAUUAGAUCCAUACUUCCUUUUUUUCCAUAAAUUUCAUUAGCAUCUGAGAAAACACCAAUAUUUUCACAUGAACUUCCUGGGCUCCUGAUACAGCUUUUCAAAAUAUUCUAUAUUGGGAUCUAUACUUCCUAAUUUUUGUAAAAUUUCAUUAAAAUGAGAAAACACUGGUCAAUAUUUUUCACAUGAACUUCCGGGGCUCCCCAAUAUUAGCUAUCCAAAACUUUCUACAUUUGAAUUCAUAAAUUUUCAUAACAUUUCAUUAACAUC